AUGCGCAGUUUUUUACCAGCUCCAACUCAGCUGUCUCAAGACCAGCUAGAACUAGAAGAAAGAGCAAGAGCUCAAAGAUCUAGGCAGACUGCUCUAGUCUCAUCACGAAGGGAGCCUCCUCCAUAUGGUUACCGGAAAGGAUGGAUACCACGGGCGCUAGAGGAUUUUGGAGAUGGGGGUGCUUUCCCAGAAAUUCAUGUGGCCCAAUAUCCAUUGGAUAUGGGCCGAAAGAAGAAAAUGUCCAAUGCUUUGGCUGUGCAGGUGGAUGCAGAAGGAAAAAUAAAAUACGAUGCAAUUGCUCGACAAGGACAAUCAAAGGACAAGGUUAUUUACAGCAAAUACACAGAUCUUGUGCCAAAAGAGGUCAUGAAUGUGGACGAUCCUGAACUGCAAAGACCAGACGAGGAGGCAAUCAGAGAGAUAACAGAGAAGACAAGAGCAGCCUUGGAGAAAUCAGUCUCCCAAAAAAUUGCAGCAGCCAUGCCAGUUCGAGCAGCUGACAAACUAGCUCCUGCACAGUACAUUCGGUACACACCAUCGCAGCAAGGUGUUGCCUUCAACUCUGGAGCAAAACAGAGAGUUAUUCGAAUGGUGGAAAUGCAGAAGGACCCCAUGGAGCCGCCAAGAUUCAAAAUUAACAAGAAGAUUCCACGUGGACCACCUUCUCCUCCAGCGCCUGUAAUGCACUCUCCUAGUAGAAAGAUGACUGUGAAAGAGCAGCAAGAGUGGAAAAUUCCUCCAUGCAUUUCAAACUGGAAAAAUGCAAAGGGUUACACCAUUCCAUUAGACAAGCGUCUGGCUGCAGAUGGCAGAGGAUUGCAGACUGUUCAUAUUAAUGAAAAUUUUGCAAAGCUUGCUGAGGCUCUCUAUAUAGCUGACAGAAAGGCUCGUGAGGCUGUAGAGAUGCGUGCCCAGGUGGAGAGGAAGAUGGCUCAGAAAGAGAAGGAGAAACAUGAGGAAAAGCUCCGAGAAAUGGCUCAGAAAGCCAGAGAGAGAAGAGCAGGGAUUAAAACACAUGUUGAAAAAGAUGAUGGCGAAGCUAGAGAGAGAGAUGAAAUCAGACACGACCGGCGCAAAGAGAGACAGCAUGACAGAAAUCUUUCCAGGGCAGCACCUGACAAAAGGUCAAAGCUACAGAGAAAUGAGAACAGAGAUAUCAGUGAAGUUAUUGCCCUAGGGGUACCCAACCCCAGGCCAUCCAAUGAAAUCCAGUAUGACCAGAGGCUGUUCAACCAGAGCAAGGGUAUGGACAGUGGCUUUGCUGGAGGAGAGGAUGAAAUUUAUAAUGUUUAUGACCAGCCUUGGAGAAGUGGCAAGGAUAUGGCCCAGAACAUCUACAGGCCAAGUAAAAAUGUGGAUAAGGACAUGUAUGGUGAUGAUCUCGAGGCUCGAAUAAAGACCAAUAGGUUUGUUCCUGACAAAGAGUUUUCUAACUCAGAUCGUAACACCAGGGGGAGGGGCAGAGAUGGACCAGUUCAAUUUGAGGAGGAUCCAUUUGGUUUGGACAAGUUUCUGGAAGAAGCUAAGCAACACGGUGGUUCUAAACGGCCAUCAGAUAGCAGCCGCCCUAAAGAACAUGAGCAUGAGACCAAAAAGAGGAGGAAGGACUGAAUGCCCCUACUUCUGGGGUAGUGGAGAAAAAAACAAGCUUGGACUUCAUGCAAAGGCAUUUUUAAAAUUAGAGGUGGGUAGGGGGAUGGCAUUGUAACGCAGCAGUUGACAACUCUUGUGUCGUGUGGAUAUAUAUACACACACUAAUUCUUCUACAUCGGACAGCUACUCCUGGAGAGCGGAGGAAUGGAGACCACUUUGAAACAUUUCACAAGGGAACUGUUGUUUAGCACGUACUCCAACUUUGAUUCCCUGUUGCCUAGCAUCUCAGGAUAACAAUAUAGCCCCUUCCUACAGCUUCAGUUUUUGUAGGUAGCUAAAGCUUUUACUUCAUGUGUUAAAAGCUUUCCUGCUGUAUAUAAUUACUGUCUUAUGCUGUAAUGGAUGCUAGGGAGUUUAUGAUUCAGUGUUUCUUUAGUGUGACUAUAUAGUUGAUUUGAACAAGGAAGGGAAACAGCUGGAUUCUGUUUUAAAACAAAUACUCAUUCAGAGUUUCUCAGUAAUCUUUAUUUUAGUUUCUUUACAUUUAGUGAAAUAAAGCCUCCUUCCACCGCUCA